AUGGAUAAAUAUAGAUUAACACCUCACAAAAUUACAAUUUGUGUUUUAGUUGAAUAUUAUCUAAAUGGAACAAUCAAAUACCAUCAAAAACAAUCUUUAUCUCAUUUAUUAAUUAGACACAUAAAAGAAAAUAAUUAUCAAGAUACAGUUAAAGAAGUUAGUUUAUAUGAUUUCAUUGAAAAAGAAUUAAAAUAUGUAUUACCAAUUCAAUUUAUAAAUAAUGAAUUCCUAAGAAUGAUUCAAUUUGAUAGUGUAGAUGAUAUCUAUCAAUUUAUGAGUUCAUUAAAAGAAUUAUUCAAUGGUAGUAAUGAUCAUGAAUCUAUAAAUUCAAAACAAAUGCAACUAUUAGAUUCAAAAAGUAUUUUAGGUAUCUUCAUUAAAAAAGUAAUUUUAAAUUUUAAUCAAAUUCUAUUCGAUGGUUUAAUUAAACUUUAUGAUCAAUUAGAUCAAUACCUAAAUGAUUUCUAUAAUGAAAUUAAUAAAAUUCAACAACAACAACAACAACAACAACAAAAAGAGCAUUGUGAAAAUGAUAAUAGUAUAGAUAUGUCAAUGGAUCAAGAACAACAGCAACAACAACAAGAGGAUUAUAAUGAAAUUAGUAAUUAUGAAAAUAAAAUUAAAUUUUUAUCACCAUUAGAUGAAGAAAGAUUUAUUUAUGAAGAGACUAUUAGAAUCAAUUCAUUAAUUGGCAUUGAAACACCAUUGGAGAUUGAGAAUCAGGUGAAUAGGUUGAAAGCAUCAUUACCAAAUGUAAAGAGAGUUCAUUUAAUUUCUUUGUUAUUUAAUAUUGGUUAUCAAGAUUAUGACCAAUCAUUAGAAGAUUUACAUAGAUAUUUCGAUUAUGUUAAUGGUCAAAUGACAUCUUCACAAUGGUCUUCCUCGGCAUCUUCAUUUCUGUUCACGCCAAAUGACAAUUAUCAAUCGGGUAAUAGUAAUAGUAGUAAUUAUUAUUAUAAUAAUUAUAAUUUUAUUGGUGGUAGUGGUGAUACCACUAAUUUAAUGCUACCAUAUGCGGUAUUGAAUUUAGUUAGAUUACAUUACCAUUUCGGUCAUUACGAAGAGAGUUAUCUAGCAUUAAGAGAAGCAAUUAGAAUUGCACAAGAACGUGCUGAUCAUUCUUGUUUAGCAUUGGCUGAUCAUUGGUUAGCUAGAUUAUUAAAAAAGUCUGUUUACAAUUCAAUGGAAUCUUCAAAUUUAUUACAAUACCUAUUAGCAUCCCACAGUGAUUCUGAAAUUUUAAAAAAAUCAAUUGAAAGAAGUAGAGAUCUUGAAAUGCCUGACCUUUUAGCACUCAAUCAUACUGCUUUUUCAAAAUAUAAAUUAGAAAAUGGUGAAUUUUCAACAAAUAUUAAUUCAAAUAAUUAUAAUUCAAAUAAUAAUAAUAAUAACAAUAAUUCAAAUACUAAUAAUAAUACAAAUAAUAAUAACAAUACAAAUAAUGCAAACAAUAAUAAUAAUAAUAAUAAUAAUAAUACAAAUAAUACAAAUAAUAAUAACAACAAUAAUAAUAAUAAUAAUAAUAAUAAUAAUAAUAAUAAUAAUAACAAUAAUAGUAGUAAUAGUAAUAAUAAUGGUGGUGUUAAUAUGUUUGGUAAAUCAUUUCAUUUAUGGAAUGAUAUAUUUCAACCAAUUGAAAUUUCAAGAUUAUUAGAUAAGAGUAGUAGCACUGCAAUGAUAGCACAUCAUCUUUAUUCAAGUUCAUGGGAACUAUUAGGUAAUAAUGAUCUUGCACAAUUUUUUACUGAAUUAGCAAUGAAAUCAUAUCAUUCUAAUGAUUUAUCACUUCAACAUGACCCAUUACGUGCUGUUUCUUCUCAAAAUACAAUCAUCUAUAAUAUAGGUACUAAUAAUAAUAAUAAUAAUAAUAAUAAUAAUAAUCAAAUUAAACAACAACAACAACAAAACCAACAACCACCAGAUUUAUUAUCAUUUUGUAAAUUAGCAUUAUUAUAUUCAAAGAAAUCAAAAUAUAAUGAAGCAAUUCAAAUAUUGAUAAAAUGUUUUUCAAUUUAUAAAACUCAACAUCUUUGUGGUAAUUUAUUAACAUUUACAGUUUUAUCAAUUUUAUUUGAUCAUUUAAUGAUUAAUAUUGAUAAUAAUAAUAAUAAUAAUAAUAAUAAUAAUAAUAAUAAUAAUAAUAAUAAUAAUAAUAAUAAUAAUGAUAAUGAAUUAUUGAUAUCAAUUGUAAUUGAAUCAUUAAUUAAUAUUACAAAUAGAUUUCAGUCAGAAGAUAGUGUUGAUGGAUCAGGUUGGAGUCAAAUUGUUAUUUGUUAUCAAAAAAUAAUUAAAUAUUAUUGUAAUGUUAGAGGAAUGUAUGAAAAAUCAAUGAAUUUAAUUGUUAAAGGUAUUCAAAUUUCAAGAGAUUUCGGAUUAGAUUCACAAAUUACUCAUUUCUAUUCAUUGCUUUCAAAAAUUUAUGAAAAAUCAUCACCAUAUAGAUUCUCUGGUUUAUCAGAUACACUAUCAGCAUUAUCUCUAUCGAAUAGUUAUCAUUUAGCAAAUUCAAUAGCUGAUUCCAAUAUUGCAUUAAUUAAAAUUCAUUUAUCAACUGAUAGAUUAGAUAAAGCAAUCACUUUAAUAAAGGAAACUUUACCAAUGGUUUUAUCUGAUAAAUUAUUAAAUUCUCAAUUAUAUUUACUUUGGGCAAAAUCUUUAAUUUCAACUUCAACUAAACAAUCAAUUGAUUAUUUAAAUAGAUCUGAACAAUUAUUUUUACAAUUAUUUUCAAAUCAAUCAAAUAAUAAUAAUAAUAAUAAUAAUAAUAAUAAUAAUAAUAAUGAACUAUUAAAAGAAAUUUAUUAUUUAAAAAGUAUUAUAUAUAAUGAUUUGGGUGAUAUUGAAAAUAGAAAUUUAUAUGCUAAAAAAUUUAAGUCAAUUUUAGUUCCUUCAUCAUCUAUUCAACAACAACAACAACAACAACAACAACAACAACAACAACAACAACAACAACAACAACAACAACAACAAAGUAAUCAAUCUCCUGUCAUUAAUUCUGUGCAACCAACUCCAAAAAUAUGUUUAGUUCCACCAAUAUUAAUGAAAAUUAGAUAA